AUGGCACACGUUGCUGUCGUUGUAAUUGCUUUGCUCUGUGCUGUUCGUACGAACGAAAGCUCAACUUUGGAUUGUCUGGAUACGUGUCAUCGCUCUCCGAUCGAAGAUCAUCGAUAUCGAUCGUUGGAAUUCGUGUUCAAUUGUUCUACCAACUGUCCGUGCUCUGCUAUCAACAUUGUGCAUGUGUCCUACGUUGAGGACGGUCCUACAACGGUAAACGUUUCGUGGACAAGAAAUGAGUACGCCACAGACGAUGAAUCAGUGGUGGUGGAAUUGGAAAACAAGACGUACGGAAAACGUUGUAGACCUCAAGAUAAGCAUACUUGGUGCGAGGUAACUGGCCAGUUUUAUAAUCAAGUGAGCCAACUGUGGCUCGACGUCGAUUGGCAAGAUGAAAAGCAAAAUCAAGAGUGCAAUUUUUUGCAUAAGCAAAAGCCAGUAACCAUUGACACAAGAAUAGUCCUUUCUUCAACUUCUCAGCCUUCUGUUCGAUCAACAAUCCCUUCACCAUCUAGCACAGUGACACCGUCAUCACUACUCUUAAACACUCGUUCACAUGCAAGCAGCACCUUUUGGUCCACAUUGUUCACAUCAUUUGAAUCUGAUGUUAUGCAUUCAGAAAGACAACCAACCACUCCUCAGAGUGCUAAUGGACUCAAUGUUAUGAUGUUGCCUUAUGCAGUCCUGGGUGUAUUAGGUGUGGUAGGUAUGUUCAUAAUUAUCUUCCUGAUCAUCAGAUAUCACCGCCACAAACUUGAUUCAUUGAAAGAUGUCAAAGUCAUGAAGGCUAACAGUACUCCGUCUUGUCAAUAUGGUCCAGUCUCGCCAGGGCUGAAAGAAACCUCAAGAGAAAACGACAAGGCAGAUAAUGUUAUUCAGAAGCAGUUUGUUGCUUGGGUAGAGCCACCAUGUAGAAAGGUUUGGCUCAGUUUCCCUACCCAGCAGGAAUCAACCAGAAGAACAGUUCAGUGUUUGGCUGAGACAUUAACUGAUGCAGGAAUAAGAUGCUUAUCUGCUCUUCAGUGCCAUACUGACAUUGCAAUGAAUACUUAUGAAAGGGUCCACAUACUGAUGAAAUCUACUGACUUAAUAUUAUGUUGUUGCAAUGAAGACUACAAGUCUCUGUGGAUGAAAACUGAGAGCAGUUCACGUGAUAAAGAUCCAGACUCGGUUUUCUAUCAUGAAUGUAUUCACAUCAACAAGGAACUCAAAACACAACAGUACAAGCAUCUUGUUAUUGUUCUGUUGCAAGGUGCAUCUCCUGAUUGUAUUCCUGAUUGUCUACAGGCAACACUACCCUACAGAUUUCCUAAUGAGAGGGGUCAAUUUGACCUUAUACAUCGAAUUCAAGGCUCUGAACCUAAUUCACUACAAAAGGCUGCCCCCUUGCCAAUUCGAGACAAGCCAUGGAAGUCAAGUGAUGAUGAUAUAUGUCAUCUCGACAAAGUUAAAGAAAGUGAGCUAUAGGGUUU